GAUGCCUGGUCUAAAGGGUUCUUAGGUCCCUAGGGAAGCUAGUGCUUUAGGCCUCUGGGGCACUGAAACAAGGACAGGAAAGCCCAAGAACCUCCCACUAUUUCCCUCUCUCUCUCUCCUGGGGGGAGGAUAAUGGGCUUAUGUGACCUCCUGGGUCAGAUUCACUCUGAACAGCACAUUCAUUCUGUCAUUCUUUUUGCUGACUGCUUUUUCCUAUAGAUUGAGAGAGCUCUUAGAGGUAGCUUGCAGCCUCAACCAAACUAGACCCUCUGUUCCAAUACCAGUUGCAAGGAGAACAAAUUGAAUGUCUUAGUUUGAGUCAUGUGCCUAUAGUCACAUAGUACAAAUAUGACCUGGCAUGGGGUUGAGAAUUACAUGGUGCUUAGAAAAAGGGUCACCAUGAGCUAGGUAGCUCCUCUAGGAGAACCAUGUCUUCCAUAAUCUCUUCAUCUCUCCCUUAAAAUAUGAGUACAUAAAUUAAAUGUAUGCUUCUCAGGACUUUGGAGAACAUUCCAGUUAUGUCUUCUUGUUUCCAUUGCCUCUCCUAACUGGCCAUCAUUUAAACUUUUUUUUUUUUUAAUUUCAUUUAUUGUUACAUAGUAGAUGUUAAAUGAGUAAAAGAUAACAAGUUUUAUGGUUCUAAGAAAAAUUACCCAGUCUAUUUAAAACUAUUUCUUUUUAACUAUUUCUCUUUCUCUUUGCCAAACAAAUUGAAGUUGUUUAGGCCGUUUGGUGUACUGAAAAGGGAACUAAAUAGCACCAAAGCCCUGAAUUCUAGUUACUGGUGAUUUUAAUACACCAUUUAUUUGCUGAGUAAUCUUGAGCAAGUUAUGAUCUCUCUCGAUCUUCCUCACUGGUAAAAUGUAAGUAAUAAGAACAGCUCUUUUGAACACGGGUUAUUGUGAAGAUCAAAUGAGAGAAUAUAUACAAGCAUAUGAUAGGGUGGUUUUUUUUCCCCUACCAAAGAAAGAUUCCUGACCUCUCUUCUAAGUAGAGAAGUUACUAUUUUAAAAUGCUUAUUUUUAGUAACUGCCACUACUAUUUUUCUCUAAGAAUCGGAUUUCCUGCAAAGUGUUUUUAAGCUAUGCAAGCUAGUAAAUGGUGAAUUCUUUUGAAGCUGAUACUAUCUCGAGGGAGAUUUCAUAGGCCCCCAAAUCCGCUGACUUUUCUUGGAUCCUUUGGAGAAACAGUUGGAUUUUCCAGAUGAAAAAUUAAAAAAUGGUUGACCUAGUGAAAUAAAUCAAGCAUAGAGCCUAAUCUGAUGUCAUUCUUGUUCCACCUCUACCUCCUAUCUAUUCUUUUGCCAUCAGGAAGGUGAAUGGCUAUCUUGAAUAUAAUAUCUUUAUUGACUGUCUGGUAACGUGUAGCUUAUUUACUUUAAGUGAUGUUGCAUAGCUGUAAAAUAUUUAGGAUGCAAAGAACUGAAUUUUGACUCAGGACAGACAUGUUAAGCAAAAUAGUGGCUUUUACUGGAAGUAAGGCAGAAAAGAAACACUAAAAUGGAAAUCAGAGAAAUUUUUAAAAAGAAAGGAAACUGAGAAGAAAUUAGAAAUCUGAAGAGAAACAUCUGGUUUAUAAAGAUUGUAGGAAUGAUUUUAAACAUUGCUGAAUAGCAUUUUGUGGGUGAAUAAGACUGACACUGUUUUUAAAAGGGAGAAAGCAUAUAACCUAGGGAUAACUUAAAAGCCAAUAAAGAUAAUUAUGAAUAACUGUUCAAUAUAUGGCAUGGAAUUUUAGCCACUGACUUUCAGGGAUGCUUCAGCAGUAGAAUCUCAAGCCACAGAAAUAUUUGGGUUACCAUCAUAGAGUAUAUGAAUAUAAGUAAAAAUUGAGCAAAGCUGUAUUCCCACCACCCAACCUUGGCUUAUAGCCAGUGAGGAUUAUAGGAAGUGAAGUGUAUUGUAGUGAAUUUUUCAUAUGAAAUCAGCCUGCUUUGUGUUUUAUGCUUUGACAGCAUCUGCCCCGUAGCUGUGCCAUUGCCCAUAUUUGCUGCUCUUUCUCUUCUGCUGCUUGUCAAACUUGAAAACCAGCUUAAUUUCUAACUCUGGAUUGUUAAUCUCCAGUCUCCUUAUUCCUUAACUCACUCUUCCUCUUCAGAUUAAUUAAAAAGUAGCCACAUUUUACCCGAAAUACAUAGACAUCCAACUGUGAAGAUAAUAGUGUGCAUAUUUUCCUCAUGCUUUUUAGGAAGAUGAUUUGAUUUUUCGUUUCCUAUUUGAAGUAUUAAGAAUUGCUUUUACAAACUGCUGAAUGAUAAAGACAGAAUGGGCUCUCCAAAUAAUAAUAUUAUUCAGUGCAUGUGUUUUUUUAAAUCUGUGAUUCUGACAGGUUUCAUAGGAGCAGGCUUUCUGAAUAGCCAUUUUAAAAAUUAAGUGAAAACUCAUUAGUGGCAAAUUACACACAGUGAUUUUAAUCCCCAGCAGACUGACUCUGUGUACAUAUUAAAUAGUCAUUUGUUCUUAGUUUAUUGUAACUAUAGCCAAUUAAGUUCAUUGUAAAACAAACAAACAAAAACCUGAAUUGCAUUUGUUGUAAAAUUGGUAAAGUAUCUUGAAAUUUAACCAUUUGACAUUUCAAAGCACAUAUAAUAAUUUUGGAACAUCUGGCAACUAAUGAGGUUUCUGAUUAGCUUUAUCCACUGUUUGAUCUCUUUGCCCUUUUUUCUGUUUUUGUAGAUCUGAACAGAAUUAAGAAGAAAGAGCUUCCACAACCACAGCAGAUGAAGAUCCACUGGUAAAUCAAUCAGGAUUUUUCGCUUGCCUUCCCAAGAAAAGGAGCGGAAGGAAUGUCGGAGCGGGCCGCGGCUGACGUCAGGGCCCGCGCGGCGGCGGGCGGGGCGGCGGCUGCCCCGCCGCCCGCGCCGCCGCGCCGCCCGGCCCCGCCGCCGCCGCGCCGCCCCGGCCGAGGACGGCGGCCCGGCGCCGCCGCCAUGGCGACGGCCGCGGAGCGCAGGCCGCUGCCCAGCCCCGACGCGCUGCUCGGGCAGCCGUGGAACCUGUGGGUCGAGGCUGCCAAACUUCCCGGGAAGGACGGCUCGGAACUGGACGAGAGUUUGAAGGAGUCGGGGAAGAGCCGCGAAGUCACGGGGCUCUGUCGGGAAGACAUGCCAAUAUUUGGUUUUUGUCCAGCCCAUGAUGAUUUCUACUUGGUGGUAUGUAACGACUGUAAUCAGGUUGUCAAACCGCAGGCAUUUCAAUCACAUUAUGAAAGAAGACAUAGCUCAUCCAGCAAGCCUUCUCUGGCCGUUCCUCCCACUUCAGUAUUUUCCUUCUUCCCUUCUCUGUCCAAAAGCAAAGGAGGCAGUGCAAGUGGAAGCAACCGUUCUUCCAGCGGAGGUGUCCUUAGCACGUCCUCGUCCACUUCCAAGCUGUCGAAAUCGCCCAAAGAGAAACCGCCACUCAGGGGGAACACCAGGCCAAUGCACCCCAUUCAGCAGAGUAGAGCCCCCCAUAGUAGAAUCAUGACACCCUCUGUGAAAGUGGAGAAGAUUCAUCCCAAGGUGGAUGGCGCACCGCUGAAAUCUGCCGUGGGGCCACCCUGUCCUGCUACUGUGAGUUCCUCAGUCAAGCCUGGCCUUAACUGCCCCUCAAUACCAAAGCCAACCUUGCCUUCGCCUGGACAGAUCCUGAAUGGCAAAGGGCUUCCCGCACCGCCCGCUCUGGAAAAGAAAUCGGAAGACAGUUCCAAUAAUAGGAAAUUUUUAAAUAAGAGAUUGUCAGAGAGAGAGUUUGAUCCUGACAUCCACUGUGGUGUCAUUGAUCUGGACACCAAGAAGCCCUGCACCCGGUCUUUGACAUGCAAGACACAUUCCUUAACCCAGCGGAGGGCUGUCCAGGGUAGAAGAAAGCGAUUCGAUGUGUUAUUAGCCGAGCACAAAAACAAAACCAGGGAAAAGGAAUUGAUUCGCCAUCUGGACUCUCAGCAACUACCGCAGCCUCUCAGGGACCCGCAUCCUGCCCCUCCCAGACCGUCACAGGAGCCGCACCCCAACCCUCACGGAGUGACUCCUGCCGAAUCAAAGCCUUUCAUAGCUAGUAAACCUAAACCUCACACCCCCAGUCUUCCAAGGCCGCCAGGCUGCCCUGCGCCGCAGGGGGGGAGCGCCCCCGUCGACCCCCCUCCGGUCCACGAGUCUCCGCACCCGCCCCUGCCUGCCACUGAGCCAGCUUCUCGGUUAUCCAGCGAGGAGGGCGAAGGCGAUGACAAGGAAGAGUCUGUUGAAAAACUGGACUGUCACUAUUCAGGUCAUCAUCCUCAGCCAGCAUCUUUUUGCACAUUCGGGAGCCGGCAGAUCGGAAGAGGCUACUACGUGUUUGACUCCAGGUGGAACCGGCUUCGCUGCGCCCUCAACCUCAUGGUGGAGAAGCAUCUGAACGCGCAGCUGUGGAAGAAAAUCCCACCCAUGCCCAGCACCGCGCCACCUGUCUCCACGCGCGCUCCCCACCGGGCGAACGCGGCGCCCCCGUCGCAGUGCGGGCUCAGCUGUCUCGCCGCAGCCACCGCCUCUGCGUCCCCCGUCCUGCUGUCCCCCACCUGCGUCUCCCCGAACGGCAAAUCGGUACCCGCUCACGGAACCACGCUGAACGCACAGCCCGCCGCCUCGGGGGCCAUGGACCCCGUGUGCGGCAUGCAGUCCCGACAAGUGUCCUCUUCGUCCGCGUCCCCUUCCACGGCCUCCGGCCUCUCCUCGGUCCCCUCCUCCCCGAUGUCCAGGAAACCUCAGAAGUUGAAAUCCAGCAAGGCUUUAAGGCCCAAGGAGUCUUCUGGUAGCAGCACUAACUGUCACAACGCCAGUAGCAGCGCCAGUGGCGGCUCAGGAAAGAAACGCAAAAGCAGUUCCCCGCUGUCGGUUCACUCCUCCUCCUCCUCCUGCUCUUCUUCUCAUUCCAUGGAGUCUUUUAGGAAAAACUGUGUGGCUCACUCCGGGCCCCCCUACCCCUCCACGGUGACUUCCCCCCAUGGCGUGGGCCUCAACUGUGUGGCACACAGAGCGAACGCGGCGGGCCUCCGGCACGACCAGCCGGGGCGGGGCCCCCUGGGCGGGAGCCCGGCCGAGCCCAUCAAGAGGGUGAGCGUGAUGGUGAACAGCAGCGACUCCACCCUGUCCCUCGGCCCCUUCGUGCACCAGUCCGACGACGGCUUUCCGCACCCGCACGCCCCUCUGGACAAGCUCCUGGGGAAGAAAAGGAAGUGCUCGCCCAGCUCCGGCGGCCUCAGCGGCGGCGGCAAGCCCACGAAGGUCGCCAGAGUGCCAGCCAUGAACCACGUCCACAUGAAACACACGGCCACCAUCCCAGGGGCACAAGGACUGGCGAACAGCUCCCUCCUCCAUCAGCCAAAGGCACGUCCCUGACAGCUGAAAACAGCACGGGGAGGAAUAAUCCGGACACUUUUGAGGACAAGCUACACCUCCUACUCAGCACUCUGGACUCCGCGAUGCCUUUGAGUCUGUUUCCCCAACCUCCUGUGGGCCUCGAGGGCAGACGGCCUGCCGGCUGUUGUUUUCACGAGGAUUUUCCUGAAGCUGUGUCUGUAGCAGUGAGUACUCACAAGGACACUGGAUCCAGUUCAGCCACCGAAUUGCUCGUAUCAGUGUUAAAGUGGUCUGGACUGCUUGCUCCCAAUCUGUGAGAAGUUCUGUUUUUGUUUUGUUUAAACUUGCAGUAUAUCACAGAGCCAAGUAGAUUGGCUGGGCAAAAAAGAAUGUUUUGGCAAGAACGUUACUGUAGACCCUGCUCCCUUAUCCCUCUCCCUGCCCUUUUUUUUUUUUUUUUUAAACACUGUCUUCUGUAGGUCACUCUCGGGCAGUUAGGCACCUUAACCGGAGACUGGAGACCUUCCAGAGGAGGGACCUGCACCCUGAGCAACCCUCUGGAGAAGUGAAUUUGGCUUCAGGUUUUUAUAGAAAUGUUUCAGGAAUGGAAUAUUACGGACAUUAGCGCAAGGCACCAUGACAAAACAGCUCAGCCUUUUGCAAGUAAUGUGGGGUGAGAAGAUGUCAGAAGUUUCUAACUGAUGAACUAGUUUGAAACUAUUGAUGCCCGGAAAGCAAGUAUAAACCAUUUUAGAGGCUUACUUUUCAUGGUACAAAAGCAAUUCUAUGUGAUGAAAACAAAAAAAAAAGAAGAAGAAGAAAAGAAAUAAAGCCAAAUUCAGGGGAGGGGAGGGAUGGGAAAGGUGAAAUCACUCUAGGGAGGGAGAAAAAACUUUUUCCAAAAUUUCCAAAGAGAUGGAAUUUUCUUAUCCUUUAAGUUUUCACGGUAAACAGUAUGUCAGAUUGGGUCGGUGGUCCUACUCAGUCUGUUUUUUAAAUAUUGCCUUUUUAAAGUGACAUUGUUAGGAUGUACUUAAAUGUUUCCCAGACACUCUCUGCAUUAGCCAUCUUCCUGAGAGAGCUGUCGAGCCAUCCAGGAUACUUUUUCUGAUACCCCAUCCAGAAAGAAAGAGCUGAGUAAGUUAAAACAGCAGCGCUCGAGGAGGUGGCGUUCAAUUCUGGGGAGGAGCUGGGGCCUUGUGAGGGGCCAUCCCGCCGCCACAGCUCCUGACCUGCGAACCAGGCACUUCUGCUCUGAGAACACAGAAGGUCGCCGAACACAGGGUAAAAUUUCCAAGGCUUUGAUUAUUGCCCUGGCCAGGGCCUGAACAGAGCCAGCCAGUGCAUCCUUUUUUUCCUUGCAGUUCUUGGGUUUCAAACUUCAUUUUCAGGGAAUUUCAAUUCAACAGGUAGAAUGAAAAAAAUACUUGGUUUUACCAGCCUAAUAAUGUGAAUUGCUACAGAAUUAUUCUUAUUAAGUGAGAAAACAAAAACUUUAUGCAGAUACUUUAGCUAUAAAUCGAUGUAAAAUAUUGAUUUUUCUUUUUUUUAAAGGAAGGGGAGAACAGUGUCCUGUUCAGUUAUUAUGCAAUCAAACCAGUAAAUGCGCGGAUGGGCCCAUUUGGUGUAGUUAGGAGAAAUCAGUCAGUUCCAUCCCAGUGUGGGGGAGAGGAGGAGGUGAGAAGGAAUCAGAACGUACCUAGUGGAUUCCUUGGUAACAAGUGCAAUGGGGUAUGGGUAGAAUUUAUUUUCAGAGCCCAGGGGACUUGAUGGUUAUAAAUAAAGUUGCUUUUAGCGAUGAAAUUUAUAGACAGAUCAUGUUGUUCCAAAAGAUGUGAAUAGGAUCCACGAUAGCAAGUUGAUUCAGAAUAGUGUAGAUAUUUAGAUUAGUGAAUAUUGAUCAUUUGAUUUCUUAGACUGAAGUUUUAAUAGAAUUUCAUUAUGCCUCCCGUAAUACACAGAGCAUCGGGAUUAGGAAAUUAGCCAUUUUGGAUUCUGCCUGCCACAAACAGACCUAUUCUAAACAGUGCUAUUAAAUUUUAGACUGUUGUUCAAAUAUUUUAUUUUCUCCUACGAGUACUUUUUAUUAUGGUGAACAAUUAAGACCAUUUAAAACACAGGAGUACGAGUAUUUUUUUGAAUUAAAUUAACUUGCAAAAACCAAAUUUGCAGUGGUUGGGUUGUUUCUAGACAGACUUUGGUAUCAAUUUAAAACCAAGAUAAUUUUUAUAUUCUUUCCAAUAGAAUUUCAUGACAACUCCUGCAGUUUUCUUAACCUACAGAAAAAAAAAAAAGUGCUGCAAUGAUGAACAAAGAAUUAUACAAAACCUACUUUUGUAUCUUUAUUUUGGAAUUUCUUGUUCUAUUAUAAAUAUGGAAGUAUCCCUAUUUGAGAAGACAUAUUUUGUUAAAAAUGAAUUGUACAUAUUUAAAUAUGUAUUUUUGCACAGGUCUUUUUUUCUGAUAUCCUGUUUUGGUACAAUUGAGAUCAUCUAGUAUUUAUUUAUUAAUUAAUAAAAGUAAAUACCUUUUUUAUAAUUUGAAGUGGUUCACUGCCAAGCCAAUAGUUCUAGAACCUGCCUCCUUUACAGUUUAAGGGAUGCCUCUGUUCCGUGAAAGUCUUGUCACUCCCGACGUCGGGAGUGGGCCGCACAGAGGGAGUGGGCAUUGCCUGCCUGGUUGCCUGGUUACCCGAUAGACUACACGUAAUUAAGUGACACACUGCUUUUCUUUCGUUGGUGUUUUGUGUGUGCGUGUCUGUGUGUGCGCGCGUGCGUGUGUGCCUGUGUGUGUAUACUGUGAGCACAUGUAGUAUGCGAUGUGGUUUAAAACUAAUGGAAAAAAAAAAAACUGAAAGUGCCUGAACCUAGUUUUAAGCUUAGACAGAAUCUCUCUAAAAAGACUUGAAUGUUCGGUUGAACUUUUGGAGUUUGCUUUUUCCACCUAAAUAUUAUUUCUAAAAUUUUAGGGGAGGAGUUGAAAAACCAAUGCUGGUAAUUUUAUAAGGUAUUUUAAAAAUUCAGACCUUCUGGUUCACAAUGAUUGAGCUGGUGACGGGCUGCCCAGUGGCACCGAGGGUUACAGAUCUUUCUGUCCGCCAGCAACUUACACAACGUGUUCGUUUUGUUAUUCACUCGUAAAAUACAGAGUUUAAAAUAGAAUAUUUAAAAUAUUUUGUAUUCCAAAAAUAUAAUACAAAGAAGUACCUCUGAGAACAUUGAAAAAAAUGUAUAAUUUGAAAAAUGUAACUUAUAAAGGCAGCUGUCUUCCUGCAAGAGUUCUGUUGCCAAGGAAUUUCUUAAUGUCUCUCAUUCUGUCCUGGGGGGAAGGGGGAGUUGGGCUUUGAAAAAUUACUGUUGAAAGUUUCAUUGUUUAGCAGAAAAUAAUCAUUUUUACAUUUUGUGCAAAGCAUUUUACAUUUUCGGAUCAUUUAAAUGAGCACUACAUACUGUCAGUGUGAAUGUAGGGCCUCAAAAACAUUUUGCUGUUUUUGUUUUUUUUUUUGUUUGUUUGUUUUUAUUUGAGCUUGGUUAAAAAAGCAAUCUCCUGUGUUAAAAAUGUGUGAAUAGUUUGAUAAUCUGUACACAUAAUCAAGAGCAUCUCAGCUGGACUUUGUGUUGGCUGCUGUAUAGAACAUGAACAAACGUCAAGGGAUAGAAAAUUACUUUGGAUAUUUAAAAGAGAAGAAAUAUAUAGUCUAUUUGUUUUGUAACAAGUUUCUGUAAAUAAAAUAAUUUAUACUAUUUAUAAGAAAAA